GGCGCCGACGGUGGCGGCCUCUGCGGCGCCGACGGUGGCGGCUCCUGCGGCGACGACCCUGGCGGCGGAGCCGUACGGCGCGGACGAGGUACCCGUUCGGCUGGGCGCGCUGGGCACGACACCGGGCCCGGGGGACAGCGCGCCGCCGGCGCCGGAGCCGACGCUCAGCCGACACCGGGCCGACCCGGGCCUGGGGCCGUCCGAGAAGAAGCCCAGCAGCCGUCGCACGGGGGUGCCCGACCUCGAGAUGAUGGAGAACCCGUCCAAGCCGCGCAAGGGCGCGCCGGAGCCGGCCGCACCCCCCAGGCCGCCGGUGUCGCCGGUGUCGGGACUGCUGUCCGUUACGGAGGGCACGCCUGUGACCAGGGGCUUCUUCGGCGCCGGCGACCCGCCGGCGGCCGGGGCGAUCUCGGCGACGGAGGCAGCGAAGGAUGCCUCAACUGAGCAGCCGACGGUGGCCGAGGCUCGCGCCGGAGCGCCCACCUCCACUGUCGUCGGCGUAGUCUGUCUGGUGACCUUUUUUGCCUUCGUGGGCUUCUUCGUGUUCCGGAAGGUGCGAGAGGGCUGGUAUCGGAGACAUUACCGGAAGAUGGACUUCCUGGUGGACGGGAUGUAUAACCUGUGACUCCAGGAACGAAAGCCCGGCACCGCAUGAAAGCCACUGCUGCAAACGGGGACAGGUAUUUUUAAGCAAUAAUGUUGCGACGUUUGUGAUAGGUGGGGGUCGGAGAUUAUAUUCGUAUUGUCAGUCCCAUUCGCGCAGAUGGAAUGGCAAGCGCGUCACCAAAUAAUUAAACUUAAAGGGUACGAACGAGCUCACUUUGGGCUUCCCAUACAGAGGCCGACAAUGCAGCGGUGACGGGCUUCAUGUAUUACCCGAAGUAUGACCGGUACCUGCUAGUGCCUGCAUUUGUCGUUAACUCAUCUAAGCGCCGUCCAGGGUAUUCGGAAUUGCCCAGCUGUGUCUAUGAUCUGUUAUACGCAUUUUUUGCGUGCUACGCAUUUUCACGUGCAUCGUGCCACCUGCCGGCACUAGGUUUUGUACCGCCUUAAUGUUAGUCGUCGUUUUAGUCAAAAUGAGUACUUAAGAUACAGUUUUACUUAAUGUUGUGAAUCAGCUCUGCGUUUUGUCCUGAAAGUCAUGGGGGCGUUUUUGGCACCAGCUCUUGCGUGGUGUAGCGGUUACGGUGUACGGCUAGUGAAGUGAUCCUGAUGUCUUUUGUCGGACGUGGGUGUGAUAACAAUCCUGGGAGUGCCCCAGCGACCGGGCAGGUCCGGGCUGGGUUGGCCCCGCCUGAGCGCAUCGCAAGCCCGGCUCCUGCCGCCCCGGUACAGAUCUAAUCCGUCUGCCGGCCGGAACACCGGUCCACCGCCGUGGUCAGUGCUACCCGCUGUCGGUGCUGCCCACUGUCGGUGCUGUUCACUGCCGGUGCUGUCCAGUGUCGAUGCCGCCCACUGUCGGUGCUGUUCACUGUCGCUGCUGUCCAGUGUCGGUGCUGCCUACUGUCGGUGCUGCCCACUGUCGGUGUUGCCCACUGUCGGCGCUGCCCAGUGUCGGUGCUGCCCUGUGUCGGUGCUGCCCAGCGUUCCCGGCGGUGAGCUACGGCCGGCAGAGCCCGCACCGUGGCCGCGUCCUUACGGUCGCCGCGCUGACCGGAGUCACCCACACGCUGCGCUCUCUUGAAUAAAAAUAUAUCGCCUGGCAACA